AUGACGAGCAGGAGGUCCGCGUCAGCGCGGACCCUGGACGGCAGGACGGGAUCCUCAUCGGACAGGACGCCGUCGACGCUGUCCGGCGAGCAGUCCUUCUCGAAGACGGUGUCCUCGGCGGACGCGUUCGCCGACAUCGUGCCUGAAGCGCUGUCAUUCGACGAGCUGGACAACGUGCUCGCGCUGCUGCAGAAGGCCAACCUGCUGAUGCAGCUGGAGAACGAGGUGUUCCACGACAAGUUGUCCAGGGAGAGCCCCGAACUUCUGGCAGGCAUGUCGGCCAUCCUGGAAGAAGAGGCCGCGGCGGCCGGCAAGCGUGUGUCCGGGUCCGAGCCCGCGGCCAGCGAGGACGCCGCCCCCGCCAGCCAGGGGAGCCAGCCGCCGAAGAGCACGUCGACGACGUCCCCCGUCAACACCAUGUCCGGGGCCACGACGCUCAGCCGCUCGGAGCGCUCGCGCUCGCAGACGCGCUCCAGGAUGGCGGCGUCCGCCGCGUCCGCCGCGUCCGCCACGUCGGAGUCGGCCAGCGGCGCCGCCACGUGCGCGGCGGGCUCGCUGGACAAGGUGCCCAGGAUGAGCUUCAGCCAGCGCAUCGACAUGACCGAGGAGGCGGCCUUCCUGGAGGAGAAGCGCACGCGGCAGCUGCGCCAGCACGGCGAGGCGACGGUGGCCCACCUCAGGGCGCAGAUGGAGGAGGCCGCGGCGCAGCUGGCCGAGACGCGCGCCGCCAGCGUCGGCCUCGACGCCGUCGCCGCGGCCGGCGCGGGGGGAGACUUCGGCCUCGGCCGCGCCACGGCGGAGAAGUUCCACCGCUACAUGACGGACCUGAUGAAGCUGGCGGACGCCACGGUGGACAGGCUGCGCCUCAAGACGGCCUCGCUGCGCGCGCACCACAAGCGCGUCCGGGCGGACAUCGCCGUGAAGCGGGAGCUGGGCGACGCGCUGCGCCCCGUGGACUUCGACAAGAUCAACAUCGAGAUCGAGGAGUACCAGCGCAAGAUCGACAACAAGAACCGGCACCUCAUCGACCUCAAGAACAUCUCAGGGAGCGCCACGUCCAGACUGCUGGCGAGCAAGAAGCGGCUCUCCGACCUCACCAAGCACCUCAACGGCAUCCAGAGGGACUGCGCCUCCAAGCGGAACCAGAUCGCCACGCUGGAGCGAGACGAGCACAAGGUCCUGGAGGACGUCAGCAAGGCCGACGCCGCCCUCAACAACAUCCGCAUGCGCAUGGAGAGGCACACGGUGCCCGACGUGCUGGCGUACGUGCGCCUCAAGCAGGACCUGGACGUGCUGCGCCGGGCCGUGGCCGUGUGGUGGCGGCGCUGCGGCGUGCAGCAGCACACGGCGCGAGACCUGCGCAAGGCCAUGCAGGCCACGGCCUCGGCCGCCGCCUCGGCGCGCACCCGGCCCGGCCCGCCGCACGGCCUCCACGGCCAGCAGGGCGCCGAGGCCGAGGCCCGCGCCGACGAGCUGACGGAGACGUCGUCCGAGAGGGAUGCCAUGAGAAAUGACUUUUCUUUACCUUGGGACCUGAUGAUCUAA